GGGGGUGCAGGUGUUGAUGCCUGUCUUCUAAGAACUACUAUUUAGCGCAGGGGAACUCUACUGAGUUCUACUGGGCUUCUACUAAGUUCUACUGGGGUACUGGUUUCUACUGGGCUUCUACUGAGUUCUACUGGGGCACUGGUUUCUACUGGGGUUCUACUGAGUUCUACUGGGGUACUGGUUUCUACGGGGCUUCUACUGAAUUCUACUGGGGUACUGGUUUCUACGGGGCUUAUACUGAGUUCUACUGUGGUACUGCUUUCUACUGGGGUUCUACUGGGGUUCUACUGGGGUUCUACUGGUCUCUGUAGGGCUGUAUGACUUUUUAUCCAGUGAAGGAUGUAUCUGACCUUAGUUCUUAGUUCCCAAUCUACUUCUGUUCUAAUCUAAGGUCUAUUGUUGUGUUCUACAGUCUAAUGGAGGUCAGGUCUGAGUCUUAUUGUCAUGCUCGUCGUAAUGAGUAGACCAAGGCGCAGCGUGAAGGUGAUGGUUCGUGUGUGUCCUGUGACUUCCUCAGACGCAGCAGAGUCCAGCUCCUUCCUCAAGGUGGACACCAGGAAGAAGCAAGUGACCAUCAUGGAGCCCUCAGCCAACCAGACAAAAGGGAACACCCCCCAGAAACGAGGAGGAGCCAAUCAGGUCCCUCCUAAGAUGUUUGCCUUUGACGCUGCCUUCUCCCAUGAUGCAUCACAGGCGGAGGUGUGUGCUGGUACUGUAGCUGAGGUAAUUCAGUCUGUGGUGAAUGGAGCCGACGGCUGCGUCUUCUGUUUUGGCCACUCUAAACUGGGUAAAUCCUACACCAUGAUAGGUGGUGACGAGUCCAUGCAGACCCUGGGGAUCAUCCCCUGUGCCAUUUCCUGGCUCUUCAAACUCAUCAACGAGAGGAAGGAGAAGACAGGAGCACGUUUCUCUGUCCGAGUCUCCGCCGUAGAGGUGUGGGGUAAAGAGGAGAACCUGAAGGACUUGCUAUCUGAAGUGGCUACAGGUAGUUUGCAGGACAGCCAGUCCCCUGGAGUCUACCUCUGUGAGGACCCCAUCUGUGGCAUGCAGCUCCAGAACCAGAGUGAGCUGCGAGCCCCCACGCCAGAGAAAGCAGCCUUUUUCCUGGAUGCAGCCAUAGCAGCUCGCUAUAGCAACAGAGCUGACUCCGCCCCGGAGGAGCAUCUCAACUCACACAUGCUGUUCACACUGCACAUCUACCAGUACCGCAUGGAGAAGACUGGCAAGGGAGGGAUGUCAGGAGGUCGCAGUAGGCUCCACCUGAUAGACCUGGGCAGCUGUGUGAAGGUGCUGGGAGGAGGGAAGGGCAGAGACAGCAGUGGUAGUAGCAGCACCACAGCAGCAGGGCUGUGUCUGUCUCUGUCUGCCCUGGGGAACGUCAUCCUGGCUCUGGUCAACGGCAGCAAACACAUCCCUUACAAGGACAGUAAGCUGUCCAUGCUACUGCGAGAGUCGCUGGGCAACAUGAACUGCCGGACUACCAUGAUCGCUCACAUCUCCUCGUCGCCUAGCAACUUCUCUGACACACUCUCCACGAUCCAGAUCGCCUCGCGCCUCCUCCGCAUGAAGAAGAAGAAGACCAAAGUCAGCAUGCAAUACACGUCCAGUUCAUCAGGGGGUGAGAGUUCGUGUGAGGAGGGGCGUAUGCGUCGCCCCACUCACCUGAGACCGUUCCACUCCCGUAGCUCUGCAGACUCAGACCUGCCCCUGCUGCACCUCUCCAGUGACCCAGACAACUACUCCAGCAGCGAGCAGUCCUGUGACACUGUCAUCUAUGUGGGUCCCAAUGGGGGUGCCAUCUCAGACCGUGAGCUGACCGACAAUGAGGGCCCGCCAGAGUUCGUCCCCGUCAUCCCUGUUUUGCCGACUACACCACCUCUGCGGCAGCAGCAGACAGUACUCCCCCAGGCUCAGCUUGUCCCUACACAGACACACACCCAGCCCACUACCGAGCCCCUCAACGCCCCCAACCAGCCCCCGCUCGCCCUCCUCCAGCCCCCAUUCCCUCUUCUCCAGCCCCCCACUCCCCCUCCUCCAGCCCCCAUUCCCCUCCUCCAGCCCCCAUUCCCCCUCCUCCAGCCCCCAUUCCCUCUUCUCCAGCCCCCACUCCCCCUCCUCCAGCCCCCAUUCCCCCUUCUCCAGCCCCCAUUCCCUCUCCUCCAGCCCCUGGGUCAUCCCCUGCCCCCCGUGCCAGAGGAAGGGGCUGAGUGCCUGAAGUGCAACACCUUCGCUGAGCUGCAGGAGCGUCUGGAGUGUAUCGACGGGAGCGAGGAGGUGGCAAACUUCCCCUUCGAGGAGGUGCCGGCUAACAGGGGGGCUAAGCCCGACACCCUGGUUCCCCCAGGGUAUGAGAUGGGGCAUAAAGGAGGGGUGGUGGAGGAGGUAGAGCCCCUCAGGAGGAUGUCCAACGACCAGCAGCUCCAGGAGAUCAGGGAGGUGGUGGAGGAGGCAGAACUGGCCCAGACCAUGAUAGAGAGUCUGAGCCUGACCGGCAGCUGCAGUGUGACGGGAAGCAGUGGAGCAGGACAUACCAACACCAACCCUCUACAGAGGGCCCAGAGUGCCAGCCUCCAUGACAGUCGUGAGUCUCUGAGCGCGGGCAGUAGCAGUGAUGGUAAGCCCCGCCCCCUGGGCUCUCCUCGGCUGGGCAUCGCGUCUCUUACCAAGACCUCUGACUACCGACCUCCCUCCUCACCCUCACAGCGCUGCAAGGUCUACACCCAGAAGGGUGUGAUGCCGGGAACGCCCCCUUUGUCCUGCCAGAGUCUGUCUACUGCAGACAGCCUGGCUGCAGACAGUGUGAGGUCCUCUACAGAGUCCCUGCUGCAGCCGGUGUCCCUGUCCAGAACCUCCCCCGCGGGGAUGAGUCCCCGGGACCUCAAACGAACCAACUCCUCGUCUGCUAGCCUGGGGUCGGCUGAGACACUGUGUGAUGAGAAUGUUCCUCAGAUUCCUCUGGAUGGACGCAGGGAUACCCCAGCUCCAGCCCCCAACCCUAGCUCUCUGGGGGAAGACGAUCUGGUGUUUACACUGGGGUGUAAGGAGGGCCUGGAGGUCCGGGGCCUGCUGGAGGGUGGCGGCCGUCCCACCAGCAUCAUUAGCUUCAGCAGCGACUGUUCCGUCACUGCACUGGACUCGGGGUCCCGCCCUAUCUCCAUCAACAGCAGCAUCAGCGAGGACCUGGAGCACUAUGGAAUCAACACUACUGUCAUUGCUACGACCACCAGGGUGAUCCCCAUAACAACCGCCUCCGUCGCCGGAGUGAUCGCCAUGGCGGAGGUCAACAUGGCAAAGCUUUGUGUGGAAGGAGAGGCGAUGGCGGCGGUGCCUAGCCGACGGUCAUCCAUCUCAUCGUGGCUAAGUGACCUGAGUGUUGUUAGCGACGGAGAUCAGUCUCUGCACAGCUUCAGCCAGUCCCAUGGACACGGGGAGGCUCUGGCCGAACCAGACCCCACACAGGUCCCUCUCUGUGGGGAAAAGGAGCAGGACGAGGUGUCCCUGGGUUAUGGAGGAAGGAAGACUCCUGAGAGUGAAGUAGCAUUGUCUGGAGAUGUAAAAGGGAGGGAGACUAAAGAGAGGCUGAAGAGACUGCCCCCCUCCCUGGGUAAGACCACCAUCUCCCUCUCUGACAUGCAGACCCUGGGGGCCUCCAGCAACUUCCUCCCCUUCAAGACCAACAUUACAGUCCACCCCUGUGUGACCGUCAAACCCAUGGUCAUACUCUCCUCCCUUACCAAGACUCACCUGCUGCCCAAGGACCCAGCCAAGACUGCCUCAGCCCUGGUCCUGGCCUCCAUGUCCAGCGAGCUCAGCUCCGAUGACCCCUGGAUGAAGAGAGACAGGGUGGACGUGAGGCCCAAGGAGCUGGUGUGUGAGGUGAAGCCAGAGAAGUGGGUGGUGGAUCCACCAGUCAAGACAGACCCAGCUAAGAGCAGCCAGGCCUGGCCCCAGGGUGACAGGGCCAGCAGGGUGGAUAGUGGCUACGGAGGGGACCGUCACAGCUCCAGCAGCGGGGAGGCCAUCUCCUCUCCAGACUCCUGUAAGAGGGUAGUGGACGGCUCUGAGAUGGUGCCGGUCAGUUCUGGGGAGUGUCUGGUGACUCCUGUCUACUCUGCCGACAUUCUGCGCACCGCCAGUCUGCCCCGUGGCUGGCACCGGCUCAACCGCCACGACGGCCUGGAUGAGGACCCACUCCGCUACGACGCUAACGGAGGAGGGGGGGAGUACCGAGGUCUGGGGGUCACCUCCUCCACCCCCUGUAGUCCCAGGGCGACCCUGGACCGAAGGGGGUAUUCUGGGAAACAUGGCCUGUUUUCCCGCCAGAAAGGUAUACCACCGCUGCCACCAGUACGCAAGUCCAGUCUGGACCAGAAGAACAGGGCAGAAGGCCCCCUCAGCCCCAUGCAUGCAGCCAGCCAUGGCCUCUCCUUCUUGAGGAGUACCCCGGAAGACCUGGGCGUGCCUGGUGGAGGGAAACACAAGGGGUGCAAUGUGGAGAGCAGCAGGUUAUUCAGUGCUAAACUAGAGCAACUGGCUAACAGAACCAACUCUCUGGGUCGGUCCCAUGGAGGUCACAGCUCUCAUGGCCCCCACUACGACUGCCUCUCUUUGGAGAGGGGGGAGGCCCUCAGCUCCUUAGGCUGGAAGGUGUCAGCCGGAGGGGGGAGGGGGGACUGCACCAUGCCCCGUACCGGACGCAGCCUCACCCGUGGCGGCUCAUUGUCAUCCUCCUCCCCUAAUGGGAACGGUUCCGGUAACAGCCCUGGCAGCGCUCCCCAGUCACCCAAGUCGAGCCAGUCCAAGAUCUCAGCGGUCAGCAAGCUCCUGAUGGCCAGCCCUAAGGCCCGCAGCCUGUCGGCCUCCAGCACCAAGAAACUCAGCUUCUCCACCAAGUCUCUGCCCCAGUCUGUCAACCGCAGCUCCAGUCUUCCUCCCAACGGCAAGCCCCAGGCCCAGGGUCAGACCUCCAUCCAGGGUCAGGGACAGAACCAGGCACCCAGCUCUGGCUCCUGGUCCACCCAGUCUCUGAGUCGCAACCGAGGGGGAGGCCUGGCCGCCAAGCUGCCUCUGAGAGCCGUCAACGGACGCAUCUCCGAGCUGCUCCAGGGCAGCGGAGGCUCUCGAUCCGCAGGUCACAACCGUGGAGGAGGCUCCGAGGCUGGGGAGGAGAGGGGCGCUGGAGGGGGUGGAGGUGGUGUCGGGGCACAGGGAGAGGAAGGACCCUUGGUAGUCCACACCCUCCCGUCUCCCUACAGUAAGAUCACAGCGCCCAGGCAGCCGCAUCGCUGCAGCAGUGGUCAUGCCAGUGACAACAGUAGUGUUCUGAGUGGAGAGCUGCCCCCGGCCAUGGGGAAGACGGCCCUGUUCUACCACAGCGGGGGCAGCAGUGGCUAUGAGAGCAUGUUGAGGGACAGCGAGGCCACAGGAAGCACCUCCUCUGCCCAGGACUCUCUGAGCGAACACAGCUCAGCCACCAGCAGCAGCCGCCGCAGCCUCAAGAACAACAAGAAGAAGAACAACAGCACAGGUACCCAGCGUCGUCGUCUGAUUCCCAGCCUGACUCCGGACUCGUCCUCUCCGGUCAGAAAGCCUGCCAUCAGCCCAGGUGUACGCUGGGUAGAUGGGCCGCUACGCCCCGCCCCCAGGGGAACCACAGAACCCUUCGAAAUAAAGGUCUACGAGAUAGACGACGUGGAGCGCAUGCAGAGGAGAGAGAGAGGCAACAAGGAGGUGGUUCAUGUCAGUGCUAAGCUGAAGAUCUUGGAAAACAGGCAGCAGCGGAUAUCUGAGGUCCGAGCCAAGUACGACUGGCUGAAGAAAGAGCUGGAACAGACCAAGCAGCAUCUGAUGCUGGAGCCCGAGAAAUGGACCACUGAAUUUGACCUGCAGCAGACGUUUGAGGUGGACUCUCUGGAGUACCUGGAGGCUCUAGAGGUGAUGACAGACAGACUGGAGACCAGGGUCAACUUCUGCAAGGCUCACCUCAUGAUGGUCACCUGCUUCGACGUCACCUGCCGACGCAGGUAGAACUAAGAACGGCCAGGCGGACCACACCUCCUCUAGGACUCAUGGGAAGUGGAGACAACACAACAGGAAGAGAGAGGGAUGGAGCAGAGGGAGGGAUUUCCCUGAGGAGGUGCAGAGGCAGAUGGAGACAAAGGCAUCCGGAGACUAAAGAGGAAUAUUUUUUUAAGCAGCGGGGAAGGGAGCAGGAAAAGAGGAGGAGGAGGAAGAGGAGGAGGAGGAAGAAGAGGUGGAGGAAGAAGAGGAGGAGGAAGAAGAAGAAGAAGAAGAGGAGGAGGAAGAGGAGGAGAGAGAGUGUUUUAAAGAAGGAGUAUAUCUGAAGAGGAGGAGGAGGAAGAAGAGGAGGAGAGAGAGUGUUUUAAAGAAUGAGUAUAUCUGAAGAGGAGGAGGAAGUAAAGGAGGAGGAGAGAGACUGUUUUAAAGAAGGAGUAUACCUGCCAGCGGACAGGAAGAUCACUUUUGCAGAGCAGUUGUUGGAGUUUGUAAAUAAAGUUUUGCUUGCUUUGAAUAAGGCCUGGCUGCCGGAUGGCUAUUAGUCACGUAGGGAAACAAAGAGAAAACAGUGACAGAAAGGAAAGACAACCAACCAUAUGUGUGAGAGAGACAAGUGCCUUGUGAACACUGACAUCUGAAACAUUUCUCCUGUAUUUGUGUACAAAUGGUGCUCGCUGAAAAAAAUGAUAGAUCUUCAAAGUCAAAAUCACAUGAAAAAGGUUUCUCUGUGUCCCCUCCCUGCCGAGCUGUUCUCAGUGGUUUGUACUUAUAUAGUUCUACACUAGUUAUGAUGCAACAUAUGAACUGUUGCGUGUUCGUUUUUCUCUGUGUUUUUUUAAUUGUCUGAAGAAAGUGGGACCAACACGAAGUGCUUUAGGGGAUGCUAUAUACAGGUGUAGGAUCUUCAUUUGAGACAGUUUUCUACAAGGAAAAUAAUCCUGCAGCCACAGGAAAUGUAAAUUAUUAUGUGGAUUAUAAUUAAUGUACAUUUUUGUAGGGGUUGAUUACAUUUUUCAUAAGGGAAAAUCAAGUCCGACAUUUGUAAGUAUAAAUUACAAACUUCAGAAGCCUUUUUAAACCCCAAAUACACGACAUGUUUAAAAUGUCCUGCAUUGCAGGAAAGUUGUCCUGCAACAGGGUGAUCAAAUGAAGCUCCUCCAUCUGUAAGGACAGACAAUGGGAAUGGUGGUGGUGAAAUGCUAAGCCAAAACAUGGUUUCUCUUAUGGACCAUUGAUUUCCUUGUCACCACUCGGGCUAUGGUUUUGGCACCCGAAGUAUUCAGUUGUGGGUUCAGGCCUACCGUACACCAAUCCCCCCUCCUACUAACACCUUGACCAGACCGUCCACAUUGCGUUCGUGAGUGUUGCAAAAUAAAUGGUCACACUUUAUUUGGCUCGUUUGGAUAGCAUCUGUAGAUGCUCUACUAUGAUGUCAUACUAUCAACAAACUAGCUGUUGAUAAGAAACUGUUUGCUGAGGUUACGGUUACACAUAUAUGUUAUUCAAUCGUUUCAUCCAAACUGCUCCCGCACGUGAAUGAGCAUCUGCAUAUAUAAAAUAUAACUUUAUUUGAAAAGCUCGAAACGAUUCAUGUUCCGCCUCUCUCAUCUACUCAUUGGUUUUCACAAGCAUACUAACCCAUGUGGGUGAUUGAAAGAUGAGAGGAGAGAUUCAUCAAAGAUAACUAACUAAAAACUAACGAGGUUUCCCCUUUUAUCUGGCAAUUAACCGUCAGAGUAGAGAAACACACAAUUCGACAAAGACCCAGGAAUAAAAUAUGCAAUUCAGUUAAAAUAACAACCCAAAGUUUAUCUCCCAGGACAAACUAGCAACAGUAGUGUUUCCACGUGUCCACACAUUAAUAUAGUUGGUUCACAGUUGGUUUUGGUAUUUUAAUUAACCUGCGUGUCAUGAUCUCUUCUGGUGGGGACAGACAAAAUCAACAUGCGCACGUUGGCGUGCGCAGAGCCGGUUUGGUUAAGGUGUGAAGAUGAUCAAGAGGUACAGAGAAACUAGAAGGGAGGAGAGAUGGAUGGAGGAGAAAAUGCUAGAAGAAAUAGUAACAUUAUGAAACAUAAUAAAUACCACAGAGGGAAUGGGUGUAGCUAUGUGAUUAAUGGGUUAAAGUGAAGCUGUCCUACAGUAUUCUAUAGGUCUAAGGCUGCGUUCACGCAGGCAGCCAGAUUCUGAUCUGUUUUACACUAAUUGGUCAUUUGACCAAUCACAUCAGAUCUUUUUCCGAGCUGAAACCGAUAGGUCAAAAGACCAAUUAGGUUUAAAAAAAAAAAGAAAAACAUCAGAAUUGGACUGCCUGUGUAAACGCAGAUGGAUAUCUGAGCUCAAUAUGAGCGUAGAGGAAAACCUCCCAUUCACUCUGCUUGGUGCCACUGUCAUGGCGCAUUCACUUUGGGAACAUUUUGUAAAUAUAUAUAUGUGGUGCUUGAGACCAUUUCCAAUCUAAAUGUUUGUAUAACUAUAUGCAUAUAGCCUGUUUCCUAAAAUAACUUUAAGACACAAAUGCUUCUUCUUCAUCAUCCUAUCAUCAUCCUAUUGUAUUAUGUACAGUGUUCUUGGGUGUUUUGAAAGGCGUUUAUUUAAGUGGUAAUGCCAGAGAAGCCGGUGUCUGGAAGAUAUAUAGGCACGGGUGUUAGGCCCGAGACGAAGUCAGAUGGAACAGAGUAAAAAGGCAUUUUAACAUUAUAGAUUUAGCCAGUGGUAACUUGUAGAAUGGACACUGACUGGAAUGUGGUUUUAACCAAUCAGCAUUCAGGAUUAGACCCACCCGUUGUAUUAACAUGAAAUGUAUCAUUUGUAUUAUUCUUAUUAUCAUCCUCAUGCCCUUUAACCUUUGACCUCUCUCCUCUGUCAUGGUCAUGAAUGAAGGAUCUUGUUAAUUUAACUCAAGACGUGCUGGAACAGAAAGUUGCUUAUAUUGUAUCAUUUAUUAUCCACACACCUUCUGGUCUUCAAAGCUACUAUGCAUUUAAAAAAUAGACAGAAAAUAAUUGUACAUAUGCUGAGCCCAUUUCAUAUAGAGGUAUAUUCCAACAUAGACACUUAUAAUUUUUAUUUUAGAUAUUAAAUUUUUCCUGCGCUGUUUUUGUUUGCAACUCAGGGGGGGUAAUCUGGUCCUAGAUCUGUUCCUAACUUCAACCUGGAGCCUGUUGAUGAUGGUACACUCCAGGGUCACGUUCAGGAUGGUGCAACGUUUCAAAACCUGCACAUAUAAAUGUAUCAUGUUGAACAGAUUGUCUGUUUUGUAUAACAGGGAAUUGAGUCCACUCUCUUCGCUGCAUUUCCAACAAUCGAACGUCUCACCUUCCUGAAUACACCCUGGGCAACCCAUGGAAACGUCUCACUCCGGUGGUCAAAUCAAAUGUAUUUAUAUAGCCCUUCUUACAUCAGCUGAUAUCUCAAAGUGCUGUACAGAAACCCAGGCUAAAACCCCGAACAGCAAGCAAUGCAGGUGUAGAAGCACGGUGUCGUGGUGUCUUGGUUGUCAGGGGGUCUGAUAUGUUGUAGAGAGAUCUAUUUCUCUGGCUGUACAGUCUGUGGGGAGUAGGAGAGGUACUGUAGCAAGCAGGUUUGGCCUCAUCAGUCAAUUCUAGGAAGGGAAAUGAUAUUCAGCCAAAAGAUCUCCUGAAAAGACUGAAUAGAAAUGGGAUUGACCUGUAGUCCAUCCCAUGCUAGCUAGGCCUUACUGUGCGGUGGCUGGGCAGGGUGUGUGUGCUUUCAGGGGGCACAAACAGGGGGAAAUAAACCCUUUUGAAAUGGGAAACUAACAUAGUUGGACCAAAAACAUUUCCUCCUAAUUGUGCCUGCUCAACCUGACCCAUGUCUGUGUGUAACUCCAUCAUCAGAAGCACUUCUGAUAGACAAACGGACUGAGAAUCUGACGGUGACACAAGGAUUGCUGUAAAUAAAGGAUUGUAUUCA